UUCAGGACUAGACAAAGAAAUGAGAUUUAAAAAAGCUUCAUACCCAAAAUGCGACGAAUACUAUUUUUCUAUUCCAUUGUCAUAAUUAACGCAACGGAUAUAUCGAAAGUGUUUGAUUUCUGGACCGAUAUUUUUAGGCCAUUACCCCGUAAUCCGAGAGAGGGGUUUCCGCCAGAUUAUACCCCUCAUGACCAAGAAGAGUUCGAUUUCAUAAUUGUUGGAGCCGGCUCGGCGGGGUGCGUCCUAGCAAACAGAUUGACCGAAGUAAAAACGUGGAAGGUUUUGUUACUAGAAGCCGGAGGUAACGAAAAUUUUUUCUCAGACAUCCCUAUAUUUGCAUCGUUCCUAUCUUUGACUCCGAUGAAUUGGGGCUACAACUCUGAGCCUCAAAGAAAAGCUUGCAAAGAUCUCCGAGGAAAAGUUUGUUUCUUACCCCGAGGAAAAGUGCUCGGUGGCAGCAGCGUAUUAAACUUUCUAAUCUAUCAACGAGGCCAUCCGGAUGACUACAAUGACUGGGCGCGAAUGGGCAAUACUGGCUGGAGCUAUUACGAACUGCUGCCUUAUUUUAAAAAGUCGGAAAAUGUUAGAAUUCCCGAACUAAUGAAUUCUUCGUAUCACGGCAUGGGAGGAUAUAUGGAUAUUGACUAUGCCCCGUAUCGGUCUCCCCUUGAGAGUAUUUUUAGAAGAGCUGGGGAAGAACUCGGUUAUGAAUGGAACGAUCCAAAUGGAGAAAAUGUUAUAGGGUUCUCUAAGCCCCAAGCCACGAUGAGGAAAGGCCGUAGAUGCAGCACUUCCAAAGCCUUUCUGGAACCUGUCCGCUUUCGACCGAACUUAAAGGUGUCAAAGUAUUCCACAGCAACAAAACUGCUGGUCGAUCCUAAAACUAAGAUCACUUAUGGUGUAGAGUUCUUAAAACGUAACAUCAGGUAUCGAGUAAGAGCGCGGCACGAAGUAAUAUUGGCCGCGGGCACUAUCGGCUCCGCGCAGCUUCUUAUGGUGUCGGGCAUCGGUCCACAGCAGCAUCUUUUAGAAACAGGAAUCACGCCCAUAGUGGACCUCCCAGUAGGAUACAAUCUCCAGGACCACGUCACAUUCUCGGGAAACGCAUUCAUUGUGAAUGAUUCUCGACUUUGUGUUAACGAUCUCACAGCAGCGUCGCCACUGUCAGCAAUGGCGUAUCUAGCGGGUACGGGGCCUCUAACGCUCCCAGGCGGAGCGGCGGGUUUGGCAUUCACCCGGACCAGAUUCUCGGAGGACCACGCCGCGACCCGUCCCGACAUCGAAGUAGUCAUGGGUGCCGGCUCGCUCGCUGGCGAUAUGCUGGGGGUCUUACGAGGAUUGCUUGGAGUUACCGACGAGUGGUUCUGGAAGACGUACGGAAGCAUGCCCGUACAGGCGCGACUGCGCUCAUUUGCCAUGAACCCCGUCCUGAUCCGGCCGCGCAGCGUGGGCCGCCUGACGCUGCGCAGCGCCCGCUUCGCCGACCCGCCGCGCAUACAUCCUAACUAUUUCCACCACCCCGACGACAUGAACGCGCUGCGCGAAGGCGUGCGAUUGGUACAGAACAUAAUAAACACAAAAGCCUUCCAGCGGUACGGCACGAGAUUACACGACACACCGUUCCCGGGCUGCGAGAAUAUUAUUUUCGACUCCGACGACUACUGGGAAUGCGCUAUCAUGCAAACCUCCAUCACUUUAGACCACCAGGUCGGGACCUGCAAGAUGGCUCCGAGUGGUGACCCUACAGGCGUGGUGUCCCCGCGGCUCCGCGUGCGCGGCGUGUCGGGCCUGCGCGUGGCCGACGCGUCCAUCAUGCCGCGCAUCCCCGCGGCGCACACCCACGCCCCCGUCGUCAUGAUCGCCGAGAAGGCGGCUGAUAUGAUCAAAGAAGAUUGGGCAUAUGUACCCAUAUAUUAACGAUGCCAAAUAUUAGUCACUAGUUAGGUUCUAAAAAUAA